GAAGCUGGUUUCCUGUGUGAGCUGUGUGGAUCUGAGCGCCAGGCUGGACACCAUGAGGAGCUUCCUGCUGUGUGUGGCGCUCCUGCUGCCUCUGGUGGCCUCCGAGUCGGAACACUGCAUCAUAAAGCGAGAACACGAGAAAUGCAUGGAGAAGAUGGCCACACACAGCCCCGAGGAGGAUGAAUUCACCUGUGGCUGGAUGUGGGACAACCUGACGUGCUGGCAGGCGGCCGACGUGGGCGAGGUGGUGGUGGUGAACUGCCCGGACCUCUUUCAUGAGUUCAUGGGUCCAGACGAUGAGAUGGGUAAAGUGAGUCGUAACUGUACGGAGUACGGCUGGUCGGAGCCCUUCCCCCACUACGUGGACGUCUGCUUCUUCUACGACAACACCACCAAGCCUGACAUGUACUACGCCUCAGUGAAAGCUCUGUACACAGUGGGCUACAGCACCUCGCUGGUGUCUCUGACCACGGCCAUGGUCAUCCUCUGCAGAUUCAGGAAGCUCCACUGCACCAGGAACUUCAUCCACAUGAAUCUGUUUGUGUCCUUCAUCCUGAGAGCCAUCUCCGUCUUCAUCAAGGACGGCGUGCUGUACGCCCAGGAGGACAGCGACCACUGCUUCACACACACAGUGGCGUGUAAAGCAGUGAUGGUCUUCUUUCAUUACUGCGUCAUGUCCAACUACUUCUGGCUCUUCAUCGAAGGCCUGUACCUCUUCACGCUGCUGGUGGAGACGUUCUUUCCAGAGAGACGUUACUUCUACUGGUACACCAUCGUGGGGUGGGGAACUCCCACUAUUUGUGUGACUGUCUGGGCCGUUCUCCGGCUCCAUUUCCAUGACACUGGAUGCUGGGACACUAAUGAGCACACUGCCCUCUGGUGGGUGAUCAAAGGACCAGUGGUGGCCUCCAUCAUGAUAAACUUCGUCCUCUUCAUCGGGAUCAUCAUCAUCCUGGUGCAGAAGCUGCAGUCUCCCGAUAUCGGAGGGAACGAAUCCAGCAUCUAUCUCAGCUGUGCUCAGAAAUGCUUCAGUGAGCCCACUCAGGCUGUUCAGCAUUCGUGCAGGAUGUCAGAGUUAUCCACCAUCACACUGCGCCUGGCCCGCUCCACCCUGCUGCUCAUCCCUCUGUUCGGGAUUCACUACACGGUGUUCGCCUUCUCGCCUGAGGACGUCAGCAAGAGGGAGCGGCUGGUGUUCGAGCUGGGGCUGGGCUCCUUCCAGGGUUUUGUGGUCGCUGUCCUCUACUGCUUCCUGAACGGAGAGUUUCUCCCUGAAGGUGCAGUCGGAGAUCAAGAGGAAAUGGCGCAGCUGGACGGUGAACCGGUACUUUGCGGUGGACCUGAAGCAGCAGAGGCAUCCGUCGCUGGCCAGCAGCGGGGUGAACGGCGGCACUCAGCUGUCCAUCCUGAGCAAGAGCAGCUCCCAGAUCCGCAUGUCCAGCCCGCUGGCGGAGAGCGCCAACAGCAGCCUGCCGACCUGAGCGUGUGAGGCCGGCGCUCCACUCCAAGGUGCUGUUCCUCGCCUCAGACUGAGUCAGCAGGCCCACCUGACCC